CCCCUCCCCCCCAGCGGAGGGCCGGGGGUGGCAGAGUCCGGCCGGGGAUGGGGAACUGCCUCUCCUCGCAGGCGGCCGAUGACCUCUCGCUGCUCAACGACUCGGGGGACGGGGCCAGCCUGGGGCCCGGGGACCCGCCGCCCCCCCCGGCGCCGCCCCCCUACCAGGAACACGAGCCAAUCCCAGUGUAUCACCCCACGCCGAGCCAGACCCGACUUGCCACGCAGCUAACGGAGGAAGAACAGAUCCGAAUCGCCCAGCGGAUCGGGCUGAUACAGCACCUGCCCAAAGGGAUAUUCGAUCCGGGCACAGAACCAUCGGAAAAAAAAGUGAAAGAGUGCGUCAUCUGCAUGCUGGAUUUCGUGUACGGAGACCCCAUCCGGUUCCUGCCCUGCCUGCAUAUCUACCACGUGGACUGCAUCGACGACUGGCUGAUGCGCUCCUUCACCUGUCCCUCCUGCAUGGAGCCGGUGGACGCUGCUCUGCUGGCCUCCUACGAGACGAAUUGAGGCCAAGCGUCGUUGUCGUGGCCCACGCUAAUGCUUCAAGGCUGGUGGUGAGGAGAGGUCGGACGCGCUGGGAGCUGUUCGUUUUGCAUACUCACGGGUUACACCAAAGACUCCGACGGCAAGGAACUCCAGCCCUGCUGCCUUGCGGAUCGUCCUGAGCCGUCAGAAUGUCGCUCCGACUGAAUGUCAGUUAAAAGCUGCCUCUUACAAUCUCUGUAUUAGCGUGUCAGGCUGAGGUAUCGAAAGUUCCCUUCCUGGGCCCUCCCAGAAAGCAGCACCCGCCCAUGCUACGCAGCCUCUCCGAGUAGCUCCUUAGCGAGCAUGGCCUGGCUCUGAUGGGGAUGGGGGGGGGGGGAGGUGCUGUUCGGCUGCGGCCCCUUCGUGAGUGUGACGAUAUUAGCGUAACGCAGCGGUGAACGAGAUAAACGGAUGAGGUUCAAUAAAAGCAGGUGCUGAUCUCCUCCGUUACAAGCAGAAGGUGCAAGAUCGUAGAGGUGCUGGCAAGAGCCGCUGGCUUGCGCUGCUCGACAUCUAGCUUGGUUAGGGGUUUUUUUGUUUUUGUCCAUCUCUGCUUUAAAUAGUCACAACUCAGCUUCUUUAGCACCUGUUUUUUCCUUCCCCUGGAUGGCGGCAGCUGCGCUUAACCCCUUGGCUGACUGAAACCAAACCGCCCACCCCAAAUGGGCUGGAAUGAUGAAAAUAAGUCCCCGAGGGCUCCCCACCCGCUGUUCCUCAAACAGGAGUGCCUGAGAAGCAACCUUAGUGGGUGGCUUUAACUAGCACCAUUCCAGCAGGACUCUGCGAUUCUAGCACGAUGAAUGGCACCCCGUAGAGGCGCUAACCUCCUCAGCGUAAAUCUUGGGUUUAAGGAGGAAGGGAAACCCAACCCCGCUCAUUUUCUCUUCUGCUUUGGUGAGAAUAAUCUCUAAUCAGACAGUGUUUUAAUAUUCCAGCUGGCACAUCUGCCUGAACAAAGCUAUUUCCUGGAGGAAUUUCUCCCACCCCCAGAAGGUUUUAUGGUCCCCAAAAUAAAUUAUUUCCGUUAAGCCCAAUUGGCUUGGCACAAUGUGGUUUUUAUUGUGUCACAACUGAAUGGCUUUAAAUAACUGAAUGCAGAUUUCUUCCCUAGUGCUAUUUUAAGUGUCUGCCAGGUAAAGGGCAGUUGCUUUUGAUUAAUUUUCUCCUUUUUGAAGGCAGGGCAGCGGUUCAUUUGUUCCCUUUGAGACUGCAACUUUAAUACCAGUCAUUAAACUCUACAAUCUGCAGAUUUGCCGCUUUAGCUGGCUCACAAGGCAACGACGACUAAUCAAAACGACGAAAGUAGAAAAUUGAAAACAGAGGCCGUUUGCUCCAUGAAAUAGGAAGUUUUCUUUCGCAUGAUGGGAGCACCAGGAGCUUCUCUUGUUGCCUUGAGACUUAAAGCCCACCCUAGCGAAGCCAGCUCAUUUGCCUUCCAUGCACUCGGCUGUCAGAUGCCGCUCGCAGUGCAGGAAUCGGCCCAGCCCACCAGGGGUUAGCACCAUUUUGAGUGAGUUGCCGGUUGGACGGGCUGCCCUGUCCUCUGUUAGUGGCUCCCCGGCCAGAAGCGUGAAAGGGCUUUUCCAGUUAUGUAUUGUCCUUAACAAGGAUUUAGCGCUUGAACGUUAAGACUGAUGUACAUUGCAUUGGAAAUGAACAAUAAAAUAGAUUGCCUAUGA